UCUUGUAAUCUGGAAGCUACAGCCGAUUCAGCACUACCUUUCACUAAAAAUGGCUACGCUAUCAAAGCUAGAGAUGGCCACGACCUUCCUCGCUUUCACCUCUCCUCGUUCCGCCACCGCCCUGAACUACCGCUUCUCUUCUGCCGCCGUCCCGAUUUUCUCUAGGCGCAUAGCUAAGCCCGUUUCCGUCAGGGCGAAACCGUCGUUACUCUAUCCCCCGGUGGUUAAUUCCAAUCGACUUCGAAAAUUCUCCUCCGUUUCGGCCUCAGCUUCCGCGUCGGCGCCACCGCAAACAGACGAUUCCGAUGUUACAACAACUAAGAUUCCGCCAGACAAUCGAAUUCCAGCUACUAUAAUCACGGGGUUUCUGGGCUCCGGCAAGACGACAUUACUGAACCAUAUACUGACUAGAGAUCAUGGGAAGCGCAUAGCCGUGAUCGAGAAUGAGUUUGGUGAAGUUGACAUUGACGGGUCACUUGUUGCUUCCAAAUCUGUGGGAGCGGAGGAUAUAGUGAUGCUCAACAAUGGCUGCCUAUGCUGCACUGUCCGGGGUGAUCUUGUGAGGAUGAUUUCUGAGUUGGUUAACAAGAAGAAAGGGAAGUUCGACCAUAUCGUGAUAGAGACAACAGGGCUGGCAAACCCGGCUCCGAUUAUCCAAACCUUUUAUGCGGAGGAUGAGAUUUUCAAUGAUGUCAAACUGGACGGCGUUGUUACUCUUGUUGAUGCUAAGCAUGCUCGUUUGCAUCUUGAUGAGGUCAAACCCAAAGGUGUUGUCAACGAGGCUGUUGAACAGAUAGCCUAUGCUGACCGUAUCAUAGUUAAUAAGACUGAUCUUGUUGAUGAGUCAGAGUUAGGUUCAGUGGUGCAACGCAUAAAGACAAUAAACAGCAUGGCUCAGAUGACGAGGACAAAUUACGGAAACGUUGACUUGGAUUAUGUUCUUGGAAUUGGAGGUUUUGAUCUAGAGAGAAUCGAAAGCUCUGUGACCACCGAAGAUGAUAAGAAAGGUCAUGAUGAGUGUCACGACGAACAUCACCAUGAUCACGACCAUCAUCAUCAUGAUCACCAUCACCACAAUGAACAUGAGCAUAAUCAUUCUCAUGAUCAUGAUCAUACCCAUGAUCCCGGUGUUUCUUCAGUCAGUAUAGUUUGCGAAGGGAGCUUAGACCUUGACAAGGCAAACAUGUGGCUAGGAACGUUACUGAUGGAACGAAGUGAGGAUAUCUACAGGAUGAAAGGUCUGCUCUCGGUCCACACCAUGGAAGAGAGAUUCGUGUUUCAAGGAGUCCAUGACAUCUUUCAAGGAUCCCCAGACCGAUUAUGGGGAAAAGACGAGGCUAGAGUCAACAAGAUGGUCUUCAUUGGCAAGAAUUUGAACCGGGAGGAGCUAGAAAAGGGUUUUAAAGCUUGCUUGAUUUGAAUUCUCUAAGCAUUACAAUUCAAACCCAUCCCUAUUUCUGCCAGAUGUAUCCUUUUUUUUUUUUUGUGCAACCUGUCAGAUGUAUCCUAUUGUCCUAAAAGUACAUCAUCUAUUUCACUUAGUUCUGCUUUUGUAACACUGAUUUAUCUAUUAUAAAAUGUGAGAACUUUUUUUU